UUCAACUCACCAUUUGCUAUAAUCAGAAAUCAAACUGAAAACCAUCUCAGGUUUCUUCUUCUUCUCCUUAAAGAUCAAUUUUUUCUUUUCUUUUUCUCAAUAAACUCCACAUUGUGAAUGCCAUAUAAUUCAGCUUUACAUCUUCCCCAAAAAUGGCUUCCAAUGAAACAUUGCACCACCUUUCAUCGGCCCUUCACGACUCUUCCUCCUAUCUUAGCACCAGCACCAUCAUUGCAUUGAGUGUGUUCUUUACUCUUCUUUGCCUCUGCAUCAUCAUUGGCCACCUUCUUGAGGAGAACCGCUGGGCUAAUGAGUCCAUCACUGCACUUCUUCUGGGUUUGUGCGCCGGAGCAGUUGUGCUGCUGUUUAGUAAAGGGAUUAGUUCGCGUAUAUUAUCGUUUAAUGAGGAUUUAUUCUUUCUUUAUUUGCUGCCUCCAAUCAUUUUCAAUGCUGGAUUCCAGGUCAAGAAGAAGCAAUUUUUCAAGAAUUUUACAAUUAUAUUGAUGUUUGGAAUUUUUGGUACAGUAAUUUCAUUCUGCCUCAUAUCAGUAGGAGUUGCUUUCCUAUUUAAAAAGCUCGGCGUGACAGACCUUGAUAUUCAAGAUUACCUUGCCCUUGGUGCCAUCCUGUCAGCAACCGAUUCAGUUUGUACAUUACAGGUUCUCAGUCAAGAUGAAACACCAUUCCUGUAUAGCGUUGUAUUUGGGGAAGGAGUGGUAAAUGAUGCAACCUCUAUUGUGAUUUACAAUGCAGUCCAAUCACUUGACUUCAGUGACAUUGAUGGCACAAUAGCGUUAAAGUUGUUGGGAACUUUUCUUUACCUUUUCUUCACCAGCCUUGCACUUGGUAUAGUAGUGGGUCUUUUGAGUGCCUUCAUCAUAAAAACGCUUUACUUUGGAAGGCAUUCUACAGAUCGUGAAGUUGCACUCAUGAUGCUUAUGGCUUAUUUGUCCUACAUGUUAGCCGAGCUUCUAAGUCUUAGUGGGAUUUUGACGGUUUUCUUCUGUGGCAUUGUAAUGUCACACUACACAUGGCACAAUGUCACUGAAAGUUCACGGAUAACAACCAAGCAUUCAUUUGCAACAAUAUCAUUCAUAGCGGAAACUUUUAUAUUCUUAUAUGUUGGUAUGGAUGCCUUGGACAUUGACAAAUGGAAGGCCAGCAAUGCAAGUGUGGGAACAUCAGUUGCUGUUAGUGCGACAUUGUUAGGAUUAGUACUAAUUGGAAGGGCGGCAUUUGUCUUCCCUCUGGCAAAUAUCUUGAACUGUUUUACGAAACGAUCAAGUGCAAAGAUUGAGUUUCGACAACAGUUUAUCAUGUGGUGGGCAGGACUAAUAAGAGGUGCAGUUACAAUUGCUUUGUCUUACAGCGAGUUUUCGAGCUCUGACACGGAGUCGUCAGCGCUAAUGAUCACUUGUACCAUAAUUGUUGUUCUAUUUAGCACAGUGGUAUUUGGUUCCAUAACAAAGCCUUUGAUUGAAGCAGUGCUGCUGAGAAAUGCAAAAUCUGCAAUUUCAGAUGCAACUGAUCUUCCUAGUCUAGAAGAAUUAACAUUACCGAUCCUUGACAAUGGUGAUGAUCCCGGAAACAACCCGCCGGUGCCGAAAAGUAGCUUCAGGUUACUGAUAAGCAACCCCACCACAACUGUUCACUACUUCUGGAGAAAGUUUGAUGACAAAUUCAUGAGACCAGUGUUUGGUGGAAGAGGGUUUGUUCCAUUUGUACCAAGCUCCCCAACUGGUGCUGCUAAUGAAACUUCUGAAGCCAGAAGCUCUAACACUUAGUUGAUACAAAAAAUUUUCUUUUAAAUUUCUUGAUGUUAUUAUUAUUAUUAUUAUUAUUAUUAUUAUUUUGUAUUGAGUUCUUCUAUUUUUCUUAUAAAUUUUGGUUAAGUAGAGGUGUUGUAAUUAUUAGAACAAUAUGGAAGUAAGUUUGUUUUUAUUCUUUUGUCA